AUGCCUUCCAACACAAUUCAUUAUGAUAACCAAGGCGCCAUUGCAACUAUGAAUCAACCUAGUCACUCGCCCUCUACUAGGUCAAAACAUAUCGAUAUCCGUUUCCACGUUAUACGCGAGGCUAUUGCAAAUGGCCUUAUUCGUCUGGAGUAUAUUCGUACAACAGAAAUGACGGCCGAUAUAUUGACGAAAGCACUACCGAAGGAAUUGCAUGAACGUCAUUGGGAGGAACCUAGCCGAUCUGACGCCUUUGGUGAGAUCCCGGAUGAGUGGGAGUGUCAGCGUGCUACACCCGUGGAUCUCCCUCCGGCGCGGAUCAACUAUGCUCCGAGAGUCAUGUGA